AUGUUCUUCCGGAGCCUCGCGGACAGGGGCUUCGACCUCACCUUCCGGACAGCGGAUGACGCCGGCCUGUCCCUGAUAAAGUACGGGGAGUUCCUGUACGACAACCUCAUCAUCUUCUCCCCAUCCAUAGAAGACUUUGGUGGGAACAUCAAUGUGGAGACCAUCACCGCGUUCAUCGACGGCGGCGGCAGCGUCCUCGUGGCCGCCAGCUCGGACAUCGGUGACCCCCUGCGAGAGCUGGGCAGUGAGUGUGGCAUCGAGUUCGAUGAGGAGAGGACAGCGGUGAUCGACCACCACAACUAUGACAUCUCUGACCCUGGCCAGCACACACUGAUCGUGGCUGACACUGAGAACCUCCUGAAGGCCCCCACCAUUGUGGGCAAGGCAGCCCUGAACCCCAUCCUGUUCCGAGGAGUUGGGAUGGUGGCUGAUCCUGACAACCCGCUGGUGCUGGACAUCCUCACUGGCUCUUCCACUUCCUACUCCUUCUUCCCAGAUAAGCCCAUCACUCAGUACCCGCACGCCGUGGGCAAGAACACGCUGCUGAUCGCGGGGCUGCAGGCGCGCAACAACGCCCGCGUCGUCUUCAGCGGCUCCCUCGACUUCUUCAGCGACGCCUUCUUCAAUUCUGCCGUGCAGAAAGCGACCCCAGGCUCCAAGAGGUACUCCCAGACAGGUAACUACGAGCUGGCCGUGGCCCUGUCCCGCUGGGUGUUCAAGGAGGAGGGCGUUCUGCGAGUAGGAGCCGUGUCCCACCACCGCGUCGGGGAGCUGGCGCCGCCCAACGCCUACACCGUCACUGAUUUGUCCCAGGAGUACAGCAUCGUGAUCGAGAAGCUCGCUGACGGCAAGUGGGUGCCCUUCGACGGGGACGACAUCCAGCUGGAGUUCGUGCGCAUCGACCCCUUCGUGCGCACCUUCCUCAAGAGGAACGGUGGCAAAUACAGCGUGCAGUUCAAGCUGCCGGAUGUCUAUGGCGUGUUCCAGUUCAAAGUGGAUUACAACCGGCUGGGAUACACCCACCUCUACUCCUCCACUCAGGUGUCCGUGCGUCCCCUGCAGCACACGCAGUACGAGCGCUUCAUCCCCUCGGCCUAUCCCUACUACGCCGGCGCCUUCUCCAUGAUGGUCGGCCUCUUCAUGUUCAGCAUCGUGUUCCUGCACAUGAAGGAGAAGGAGAAAUCCGACUGAGCUCCCUGUGGGAGCCUUUUCCUGGUGCCAGGAGGGCCAGGCAGUGUCAGAGCCUCCCUGUAUCCGUGUCAGGACUGGUGGGUGCCGGAUGCACUGUGGGGCUGUGUUUGGUCUUUUUUAGUUUUACACCUGGGGGGUUAUUGAGAAUGACAAUUAAAUUUUGGGGGGGGUGAAUCUGUUACCAAAGUGUCUGCAAACCUGGGACCAGGAUGCUUCCAGUUCUCACUGAUGAGUUGCAAUGUUUGCUCACUCCACUGUUGGAAUGAUUUGGGUUCAGGUCGGGCUGGAAUGAUUUGGAUGGAUUGGGCUGGAAUGAUUUGGAUGGAUUGGGCUGGAAUGAUUGGGAUUUGGAGUUGGGCUGGAAUGAUUUGGAUUGCAGAUUAACUCCCAGUUCAAAAUAAAGUCUGGUUCCUCUCA